GAUUCAUUCAUCGAUUUAACACCAACUCACUUCAACUAGUACAACUACUAACAUUCUCCACAAUGCAAGGACAAGGAUCACCAUUCUGCCGUUCUAGAACCCGCUCGAGAUCUCGUGGAGCUUUCAAUCGUAGCUCCAACCACGGUUCAGUGCUUCCAAUUCAGCCUGCCGUAUUGGAUUCAAUUGCCGAGGAAUCAUCGUCUACUAUCAUGACAGUAGUCAAUCCUUUGAUGGUGGCAGCAAGACAGCUCAAAUUUGCUUGCCAGAUGGCUCAUGGAAGUCCAGUUGGAAUCAUCGACAAAUGGAACAAUAUGGAGGAAUUGUAUCAAUCAAUUGCCGAUUGCUUUACAAUUUCAAAAGAUGAUAUCAUUUUCCUGACAGUCAAUGAUUUUAAGCCAGACAUGAAGAACAUGUUCACUGGAACACUGAACUUCAAGGAUAUGCUCUUCGCCCACAUUCGCGGACAAGCAACCGAGCUCCGAGUCGUCAAAGAUGCUAAAAACUUUGGAGUGACAAUCACGGACAACGGACUCGGGAAUGCAUUUAUCAAGGUCAUAAGCCCAGAUUCGGUGUUUGAUCGUAUGCGUCCAGCCACUCAAGUUGGUCAACUCAUUGAGGCGGUCAAUGGAGAAUGUGUGCUCGGGAAAAGGCAUUACCAAGUUGCCCGAAUUUUGAAAAAUGUUCGUCGCGGCGAGGAAUGCGUGGUUCGAUUGAUUGCUCCAAAGACUGCUGAUCCAGGAACCAUGAAGACGACUGGAAAAACUGGCGGAGGUCUGGCAAAAGGAACCAUUCGUUUCAAAUCGGAAGGCGGAUUUGCUGUUGAGGAUGUUCAAGAUCAGAUGAUCCAAGCUGAGAUGUGCGGAAAGCUCAAUGAGAUAUUCGACCAAUACUUGGGAGUUCAAGAUGAUCAGCUGGCCAUGAGAAUCUGGGAAACUGCUUCAAACUGCGAGACGCUUUUGCAACUCAGUGAAGCCAUCAAAGAGUCGGAGCUCUCAAUGUUCGAUUUCCCGGAUGGAAUGGUUUUCGAUAUGUGGGGAAUCAUCGGUGAUUUGAAGCGGGAGCAACGUGAGAAGAAGCCAUCCCCAGUCAUGAAGAAUGCGAUUUCAAGACCAUCGGCUAUGAAACUCUUUGAGUAACUUUUACUGUGGAAUAAAUUAUUUUAAUCUCCGAACUGUCUUAAAUUGGUUUAAAGUAUAUCCCACUAACUUUUCAAAUUUAUUCGAUUCACAAGACUUGAAAAACACUCUUUCCGCUGCUUAGUUCGAUUGUUUCAUUCAGCACAUCUUAUUCUCCAACAGGCAUCCGCAUUUCAUAAGCCUCUAGAAAAUCAUAGCAUUCAUCGAUUCCCAGUUUAAAUGCUGUUUAAAUGAAGCUUCAAAUUUA